AUGUCACACAUUACUAGUACUAGGAUUGACUGUCGAGAUCUGCGUGCAAGCGAUCUUCAACCCGUUGAUCAGCUUGAACACGCUCUUCGUGCUAGGCUUGGCACAGAUAUACCGAUUACUUAUAUUCCAAGUGCAGGCAAUGCUGCCGUCACGCUUGACAAUGAGCUUGCGAGAAACAAUCUCUCGCAAAAUACCCCUGUGCAUGCUACCAGGGAUGUUACCACUACCCCUGCAAGCCUCUACAUGUAUAUCUUCAGACCUUCAGACCGGGGCAGAAUCGCAAGUCUCAUUCGGCACCAUUUCCGAGUUGAAAUAUUUACUCAGAGUCAUACAUACGAUGAACUUGAAGAAGUUGGCUCGCAUACCACCCAAUCAGUAGCCGACGCAUACUUUAUCGACUUCCAUCAUACUCCGGGCCCAGACUGGCCACGUACUCCAUGGCGAGGCCCUGUGAAAGUCGAAGUCAUUAGUGAAUCGCCGUGGAAUGUGAAAUUCAAACCAUACCUUGGCGAGUCUCGUUACCUCGAGAGUUACUUGCAACAGCGGACCGAUGAUAUUUCCGAUAUGCAGUUUUUGCAGACAAAGGGAAGCCUGGAAAAUAUCAAUUAUGUGCUCAAAACAUGUUUGACUCGGAGAAGUGACUCCUGUCAGUGGCAUGCUCAAAAGAUACCCCAGUCAGCUAAGAUUCUGGAGAUGUUCUUGAAGGCUCAUAAUUGUUAUUCUUCGAAGGAUUUGAUCUCUAUGGUUCAGAAACAUCUUGUGUCUGUAAAUGAGAGUACUUAUUCGAAUGUCGAAAGAGCAUAUGGCGUGGAUUGCUUGCCCCUUGGUAUCUUCAUCAUCGAUCAUCUGCUGCUGGAGGAAAGCGAAACCGGAAUAAAAGAUUGGAACAUCGGUUUCGCUGAUGAUAGUAUCCAUAAGGCUCAAAACGAAUCGGAAGCUUACCUGUAUAAGCUUAAAAUACUUUUCAGCGCCAUGGCCUGGCUCGGAGAGUUGUUUGAUUUGGAAUGUUUCGGGCAGAUUUUUGAGACUGAGUUGGAUGCAAAAAUUCAACGAGCACGCGUCAAAACGCUUUUUAUGUGGCUUGGGAUGCCCAAGCAAGCAGCUUUUCUUUCCAGUGGAUUACCGCCGCAAGGACCUGAAGCGACCGAUGCUGAAGACCUCAACAUACUUUGGCACUGGCUUCAUCAACGAAACUAUCGCCAAGUCAAGUUUGCUUUGGCGAUCUCUAAGAGCGGCUUGAUCAGAGAGAGGAAAGAUGCAAUAGGUUUUAUAUCAGACCUGUCUAUUAAGUACCUCUCAAUGCCUCCUGGUAUUAAAUACUAG